AAGACAUUGAAGCAACGCAUCCUUGGAUGCUUCCGGAGGGGCAAAGUGGAGUCAAUGCCGACUUCACAGAUUGAGGCCGAUACAGCUAUCCCUGAUGCCAGGGAAGUUGUUGAUCUGGCAGAUUGUCAAUCGAAGAGUGUUGGCUUAAAGAAACACAAACAAAAGGCAUCAAAGAGCCGCUCAUUUCACAACCCUUGGAGAAAACAAGGGAAGAGUAAAGUGAAAAAAGAUGCAGAUCCAGCUAUUCCUGAUGCCAUGGAUGGUGCUGAUCUGGCCAGUUUUGGUGGCAUCACUGCAGCUAAUGAGAGGCUACAGAAGAUAGGUGCCAUUCCAGAGAAUAUUGGGUUAAAAGGUGGUGGAAAUCCUGACCCAAAUAAAGCUAAAAAUCCUGGGUCAAAAGAUGUUGGAAAUCCUGAGGCAAAAGGUGGUAAAAAUCCCAGGCCAAAAGCUCUUGGAAAUCCCAGAAAUCCCUUGCCAGAAGAUGAUAAAGUUGUCAGGCCAAAAGUUAUAAAUUUUGUUCAACAAGCUUUUGUACCGCAAAGCGAGAAGAAACCAGCUGAUCCCUCAGUGCCUAAAGACACUUUUGAUUCUAAAUAUCAACUCUUGGAGGAUGAAGUGCUUGGGGAAGGUUGCUGUGGCAAAGUGUACAAAGGGAUCCGUAAAUCGGAUGGCAGUGAAGUUGCAAUCAAGCGAAUUUCCAAAAAAAAGUAUCACACAUAUCUUCAGAUUCCUGGAUACCCCAAACGACUUAUUACAGAAGUGGCGCUGUUGCUUAAAUUAGGAGAGGCGCCCUCAUGCCCCAAUGUCAUACAGAUGUAUGACUGGUACGAGACUAAACACUUUUACACGCUCGUGUUGGAGUACCCACUGCACAGCGAAUCCUUGUGGGAUUUUGUUAGAAAUCAUAGAGGACUAAGUGAAAAUACAGCAAGACAUCUCAUGCGUCAGGCGGUACUGGCAGUGCAACACUGUCUGGAUUGUGGAGUUUUCCAUAUCGACAUCCAUCCCGGAAACUUCUUGGUGCAGCAAUCAACAAUGAGCCUGAAGUUAAUUGACUUUGGGCUUGGUUAUUAUCUGACGCAUGAGGCACAUAAGUCCUUCGACUUUGUAGGAGCUGAACGGUUUAGAAAUUCCACGCCGUGCCAGCAAAACGUCUGGGCCUUAGGUAUUUUGCUGUACUACAUGGUGCUUAGAAUUUUCCCCUCUAAUUUGAACGACUUUCACUCCGGGAAUCUGAAGGCAAAUGAGACGCGUUUAUCAAAGGAAAUCUGUGAUCUGUUAAGAGGUUGCCUGGCCCUGAAUCCAAGUGAUCGUCCGACGCCCAAGCAGAUCUUAGAUCAUGACUGGUUUAAAACUGAGUCUGAUGAAGAAGAGCUACUCGUAUACAAAAUGAGGGCACUAUCCACAGAAAAUAAAAAGGAUGAAGCUGAAUGACUGAAGAAGAGGGGAAUGAUUGGAGAUGCUGUUUUCAUCAUCCUGAGACAUAUGGAGUUUGAAGGAGGUUUUAUUUCAGCCUCAGUCGUCAUGACCACAGACCGCUGGCUGAAUGUCUGAUGCAGAUCCUGUCUCAUCCUUGAAGACAUAAAAAACUUUUUUAAUUCUUAAUGUUUUUAUAUUUUAAAGUUGUAUAAUAAACUAUCUAAUAUAUAGUAUGUCCUCUAUAGAAUCAGCUAUGUCUGGCUCUCUCCUAGGGUUUUUUUUCUCCUAGGAGUUUAGGGAGACAGGUUUAACUUAGAUCUCUCUUCUAAAUAUUACAUUAUCACAACGCUCGAUAGUUCAGUUUAAUCUGUACUUUGCAACUUUUGCUGACCCUUGAUUUUUCUGUGUUUUUUCUUUUUUUAUUAAUGUAA